CGUUUCACUUCCGGGAUGUAAUUCAUUGAUUAAUUUUACCUGUACAGGUAAACAUAAUUAUACAUAGUGUGUGUUUACUGUAAGGCACGUUUAUUUCAAACAGUAACGAUGUGAGAGAACCAAAAAAAGCAGCGACAUUCCCCACAGUGCUACGUCCAAACAAUGUUGUUGUGAUCACUAUGUCAUGUACAGAUACAUCAGAGUUGUGCUGAUACUAUUUGGAAUAAGCUUUACGGCUUUGUUCAUACAACACCAUGUCGAACUAAGUGAAUUCCGAUCAGAACAGAAGAGUAAAGACGUAUAUUACCCGCCAAACUCACGUGACAGAGGGUUGCAGACGACAAGACAGGAAUUUCAAGAGUAUUUCAUAAAUGUCCGACUUAGCGAUGACAUACCUGUCAAUAGAGAAAUACCCGACUCAAGACCUGAUAGCUGCGAAACCCCUGAACCCAGCCAGCUAACCAUUAGUGUUAUCAUAACGUUUUACAAAGAAUGGCCGUCUAUACUACUCCGAACGGUCUACAGUGUGGUCUACAGGACUCAGAAUCUACAACAAAUUAUACUGGUGGAUGACGGCAAUGACGAGACCGUCUAUAGACAGGUAUUGCAUCUCAUUAGAAAAACGUUCCGUGAUGUGGUGAAGGUUGUGUCACUGCGUAAAAGGUUUGGUUUGAUUGGUGCCCGACUAGAAGGCGUGACACACGCGACUGGUCACGUGAUUUGUUUUCUAGACAGUCACAUGGAAGUUAACAUAAACUGGUCAAUUCCACUGCUGAAAAUAAUAGACGAAAAUGCCAAUGCAGUUGCUAUGAGUCAGUUGGAUGAUAUCAAUCCGAAUACAUUCAAAUACACAUUUUCAAAAACGUACAGAACAAGAUAUGGCUUUGACUGGAGACUUCGAUUCUUUGAAACAGAAUUCCGACAGGAACAACUUAAGCAUGGAGAUUUAGUUCUUCCAGGGGUUUUAGCUGUUGGCUCAGCCUUUGCUAUUCGGAAGGAUUUCUUCAAAGAAAUCGGGAUGUAUGACGCUGGAUUGAAGAUCUGGGGCGGUGAAAACUUGGAAUUGUCAUUCAAGGUGUGGUUAUGUGGCGGGAAAUUAGUUCAUGUAGCCUGUUCACGGAUUGGUCACAUAACUAGGAGCCAACCUUACUUACAGAACAACAGAAUGGAUAUUGAAAUGCAUAAUUACAAACGUGUCGCCGACGUUUGGAUGGAUAAAUUUGCAUCAUACGUUUAUGAUAAUUAUCCAGGAAUGAAGAGUAUAUCAGUCGGCGGACUAAGUAAGCAGCGGAGACAACGAAGACGUUGUAAACCAUUUUCAUGGUUUUUAGACAACAUUUGGCCUGAACUAUUUCAAUACAAAGAUAAUAGUUCAUCUAUUGGUAGUAUCAUGAGUACAAAUGGAUCUGGAUUAUGCCUAGACAAUCAAGGUCACCUUUUCUCUAGUCCAUUAAGGAUAACUAUAAAGCCAUGUUCUAAUGAUACACAGACACAGUUGUUUGGAUUGACCACAGAUGGCCGUUUUAGGACCAACCUACAAUGUAUGUUUUUAAAGAAAGAAGUAUUCGACCUAGUUCCUUAUAUACAGAAUUGUUACGAACAACCACAAGAUACAUUCAAAUUAACUAAGAAUGGCGAAAUAAUUCAUACAAGUACAGGAUACUGUUUAACAAUACAUGGUUAUAAUAUAGGAUUUGAAAUGUGCAAGAGGGACAAUCAUCAAAAGUGGUCAUUACUUAAAAUAUGACUUAAUAUGAUUGAAAAAUAAAAAUAAAACAGACUUUCCAUUGGAAU